AUGACCAUGUUGACUAUUGUAACAAAUCAUGUUAUCAAUGCAGAACUUGAUCAAAUUGAAUUUGACUCUUUGUUGUGGAUUGCACAACAGUACAAGACAGGAUGGAAUGUUAAAACAAAUGCUUGUGCAGCGGGAGGUGGCACCGAUCCCGGUGCAAACUUGGUGGAGUGUGUAACAAAUGAUCAUGGAAAUCAGAGUGUAACUUCAAUCUUUAUGACCUCAUAUAUCAAUACCAUUAAUCUAGAACCAAGUCCAGAUAUGACUGCACUGGUAUUCCCUUAUUUGAAGUCAUUCAGGAUCAAUGUUAAAGUUGGUCCUGUUUACAACUCAUCUUUCAGUCUCUUGGAUCUUUUGGAUAAUCAAAGAAAUGGAAAUCUGAGCGAGAUUAUUAUAGAAAGUACAACACCUGUGACAUCAUUCAGUAUACCUCCUCAAUUUCCAAAAUAUAUCCCUUUGAUCAAGAUAUUUGCACAUGGAGCAGUAUUAGAAACGGAUAUACCAACAUCAUUAUUCAAUGCCAAGAUGGUUGAUAUAACAUUCAAACUCAUUACCUUUACCAAUGCCAAUCCAAAGAUCGGUUGGGAUAAAACCACCAGGUUGAGUAACCUUACAAAUCUUGUUCUGGAUUGCCCACCAACUGGAUUUCCAGAUAUUAUGAUAACCUUGGCUCCAGAUACACUUCCAAAAUUGCAAUUCAUUGAACUAAGUUUCAAAGAGACUGUAAACAUUACAAUAGAAUCACCAGUAAUGUUGUCAAUUAUCCUAUCUAGCACUUCAAUAUCAAUUGCCAAUGUUUCCAAUUGUCCAAUAAUACAAACAUUGUCUCUUGAUGGAUUCGUCCCACUAUCCUAUGACUUUAGGAGUAUGACUGUAUUGAACCUUCUAUCAAUCCUUAGAAAUGGAUUAAAUUCAUUCCCAACAAUGUUUGGUCCAUCUGUUACUGGAAUUGAUGUGAGUGGAAAUAUGAUUACAUCAAUUCCAGAGAUGGAUUUCCAGAAAGUUGCAAUGGUACAACUUACGAACAACAAAUUGUUGACAAGUCUACCCGAGGCAAUAUGCACAGUUCCAUUGAUUGAUAUCAACAACACCUCAUUGACAAACAUACCCGAUUGUUUAUAUUGUUAUUGGGAUAUAGCAGUUAACAAACCUGUCAAUAUUAUUCCACCAAGUAGUUUCUUUUGUAAUUUACAGUUGGACAAGAACAUGUUCACACUCACACCCAACAACACCAAGAUCAAUCUUCGUGGCAAGAACCUUGGUGGAUAUUACAAGGAUACCCAUGAUCCAAACAUGACUCCAGUCAUCCUCAAUCACGAGAUGAUCUAUACUCCACAGGCACCAUUUGGCGUGGACAUGAUUGUUUACUUCUCCGAUUCACUCAAUUAUACAAAGAAAAUAUCAUGGAACACUGAUAUGAUUAUAGUAUCAACCUCAAACAGUUGGUUAUUACAAUGA